UAUUGACCCCGAAAUGGGCUGCGGCAUCUCAAAAGUCGAUCACCUCUCUCCGGGCCAAGGUGGGAAGCAGGCCUGGGGCAGUGGAUCAUCAGUUGGAGGAGAUUGUCCUACCCUGUACGUCUGGCCGGGAAGCGCACCGUGUCGCGCCGUUAUAAUGACAUGUGCUGCUGCUGGAAUCGAUGUCAAUCUGUUGGAAGUCAACUUACCUGAAGGCCAUCACACAACUGAGGCAUUUUCUGAGAUUAAUCCGCACAAGACCGUCCCUGUCUUGAAUGACAAAGGAUACAUCCUUUGGGAAAGUCGCGCAAUUAUGAUGUACUUGGUCAGCAAAUAUGCCCGCAAAAAGAAGCUCUAUUCGAUGAAUCUCAAAGAAAGGGCUCUCGUUGAUAGAUUUAUUCAUUUUGAUAUUGGUAUCUUAUCCAAAGCAGUCAACGAUUACACGACCCCCAUCCUUUCACCCGGGUCGCCACGGGCACCUAAAGCAGACGGUAAUUUACGAACUGCCCUGGACCUUCUUGAGAAUGAUCUCAUAGGUGUUCAAUAUGCUACUGGUUCCCACGUGACUAUUGCCGACAUCUCAAUGGUGGCUUCUCUUUGGAUGUUGGAGGCAGUGAACUUUGAUAUCGGAAAAUGGCGACUUAUCUCCGGAUGGAUAUCGCGCAUGAAGGCGUUACCGUUUUAUGAGGAGUGAAACCCGGGUGAAAACUUAAAUGGCUUCUCUAGUACUGACGUGACUGAAGGUAGGCCUACUAUUAGGCCUGGCCGUGUUCCUAAACCUCAAUAACGGAUAAAGGCGCUGUCGUUCGAUCUUUUACAGUUUUAUAAAAAAGCAGGAUGCUGAUAGUUCAGAAUGGAGCCAGUUUAGACAAAUAAUG